CCUCGUUAUUACGGCAAGUAUUUUGACUGUUCGCCCUCCUUCUCAUAUCAUCCGACAUUCCUCCAACCAUCAGCUGAAAGCAAUCACGGAAGAACACACCUCCUCUCCCAGCUGACCGCCUCUUCUCGGAAAAAGAAGCUGGCCAAACCAUCGCAACCACAAACCCAAGCUGCCUGAGCUGCCCAGGCCGGACAAGAGGGAAGGAGCAGGAGAGGUCUUGCUCUGGGAUAUGAAGUGAUUGAAUUUGGGGAGGAUGACGGUGAGCUCUUUUCAAGUUGCAUGGUGGAUUGGUCGCUGGCAGCUUGUAGAUUCGGCGCCGCCGCUCUCGGUUUUUUAUACACCUUCGUCCCAUCCGAAGCCUGCUCAGGCUCAUCCCCAGUGAUUUGCCCGCAAAGUCUCUCUCGGAUACUGCCGUCGUCAUAGUUUUGGACUGGACGAAACCACAGGCGAUGCUCCAAGAGCUAUCAACAUGGCUCUCAUGAGUAGAUACAUGGGCACCCGAGGCAGGCGAGAGGGGUGAGGUAGAAGAGCUGCAUGAGCGACUGCAAUCACACUUGCAGCACUAUACCGAGCCGUCACCCGCCGUUGUUGGUACGACCACGUAUGCUGUUGUCGAGCCUCUGUUGCCACUUGGCUCUGAUACUUUUCCCUCAACACCUCAUGAAUCCCUAUCGUUGUGGUUUGCACGAAGACCGAUUGCAUGCAUAAUGCUGCCGAGGAUGUGGGAGUGAAAGGUAGACACUGGGAAGAAAAGACAGAUCGAGCACAGCAGGCACUGAGAACUGUCUGUUUGGCCUAUGGCGCUGCUCUGUUCUACACUGCCCCUACCCAGCCUACGACAUGCUCUCCUGAAAAGAUAUCUCCUCCACAGACUGUAUACCGUCCCGCCUCCACUGAAUCCGCCACCAACCUCCCCAAUCACCGUAUCCGCACCCGCCAUCGUCGGCUCUACCAAAUUCUUCUUCAACCACCGAGCCCACGUGCUUGACAGAGACGCUGUCAUGGUACCCAGCGGAUGGGAUAGUUGGGGCAAGAUCAAUGUUUUGAGCGAUGGUUUCGACCCCGCACUGGUGGAGAAGGGUUGGAAAGCCAGCUUGAGCAGAUAUAAUGCCCAGUCUGCGGGUCAAGAGCCUGAAGAGGAUGAUGGAGAACCUCUCGAAGAGCUCUGGCAGGCGCUUCUUCCCUCCUUCGCGUCUCCUCCCCCGCAAUCUCCUGUCCACCUUACGACAGUCACCGAGCCCUCCCAAAACUUCCUCUCCCUCCAACUCGACCUCCUCAUGAAAGACCGCAGCCAAUUCCCGCCAAUCUUUCCGCCACGCCCCUUCCGCCACCUCAUCAUGUAACGUUCCCUCUGGUUUUAGCUUGCCUGGUGCUGAGAAGGUCAUGCAGGAGAUGGAAAGUCGGAUUGCGGAAGGAGAUGAUGAGAAGGAAGGAGAGUUAAAGGACAAGUUUGCGAGGCUGGGGAGGAAGGAUGGGAAAGCUGCGCCGGGGACGCCGGCACCUGUUAUGCCUAACGAAGCGUUGCACAACUUUUUCCAGGGCUUUCUGGCGAACAGGGGCAAGACGGGGGUAGUGCUGAAGGGACUCCUACGAAGGGAACCAGUGCUGAAGGGGCGGGGAAGGGCAAGUAGGCAGAUGUGCGGAGGUACAGACAUGUGGAGUGAUCUGUAUGACGACCAUCAACACGACUCGUGCAAAUUUGGCUUCUCUACUCUUUCUUCCAUUAUGUCCACAAGCUGGCUACCGCUUCUCGAGUAGUACCCAAUAUGAUAGUAUCCAAUAUCUAAUUCUAGAGAUGUCGCAUCUGUGGUCAGACCCCAACACCAUAGCCUAGCACUUGAGGCGCCUGAGGCCGACCCCGAACCCACGCGCACGGUCCUUCUACGCUGCGUCCACGCUGCAAUCGGACGCCUGAUAUCCAUGAGUGAAGGAAUGUCCAUAGGUUACAUGAUACUAGAAAUGAAUGUCCACAAGUUACAUGACA